CUAAGAACGCUGGUAGGGGCAGCGCGCAUGCGCGGCCGGAAAGCGGGGAGGGAGGAAGCGAGUGCGUUUUCCUCUUAGGCGGCGCCAUUUUGUGCUCAAAGCCGCUACAGCCCCUGGCGGUGUGGGGAGUAGGUGGCGGAGACGGGAGACCCGGGAUGGCGGAGACUUUGGCAGGGUCCGGCGACUCGGGUUCUGGCACGGCCGCUGUCGGUCCGGGCGCCUCUGAGGCCGGGACGCGGCGACUCAGCGACCUGCGGGUGAUCGACCUGCGGGCGGAGCUGAAGAAGCGGAACCUAGACACCGGCGGCAACAAGAGCGUUCUGAUGGAGCGACUCAAGAAGGCGGUUAAGGAAGAAGGGCAAGAUCCUGAUGAAAUUGGCAUCACAUUGGAAGCCACAAGCAAGAAGACAACAAAGAGAUGUGUUAAAGGACAGAAGAUGGAGGAAGAUGGCACAGAAGACAAUGGCCUGGAAGAGGAUUCCAGAGAUGGGCAGGAAGAUGUGGAAGCAGGUUUGGAGAGUUUGCAGAAUGUUGAUAUGAUGGACGUUAGUGUGUUAGAAGAAGCUGAAGUUGAGAACAGCAGUGCUCCAGACUUUGGGGACAACGGCACGGACAGCAUCCUCGAUUCCCUUUGUGACAGCAAAGAAUAUGUGGCUGCACAACUGAGGGAACUCCCGGCUCAGCUUACGGAACCUGCUGUGGACGGGGAAGGCUUCGAGGACACUUUGGAUGCUUCAUCGUUGGACUUCAAAGUAGCUUCGGAUAUUGAAGAACCGCUAUUGGAGCCAGAAAAUGAGAAAAUACUCGACAUUUUGGGGGAAACUUGUAAAUCUGAGCCAGUAAAAGAAGAAGGUUCCGAGCUGGAGCAGCCAUUUGCACAGGAUACAAGUAGCGUGGGGCCAGACAGAAAGCUUGCGGAGGAAGAGGACCUUUUUGGCAGCGGCCAUCCGGAGGAGGGUGAUUUAGAUUUGGCCAGCGAGUCAACGGCACAAGCUCAGUGGAGCAAGGCAGACACCCUGUUAGCGGUAGUGAAAAGGGAGCCCGUGGAGCAGACAGGCGGUGACGAGAGGACGGACUGUGAGCCUGUAGGGCUAGAGGAGCCAGUUGAGCAGAGUAGUAAAGCGUCAGAGCGCGCAGAAGCCUCUAGCGAGGAGGUCACGGAAGCGCCCCUGGAAGCCUCAAGCCCAGACCCCAGAGAUAGCAAAGAAGACGUGAAGAAGUUUGCUUUUGAAGCUUGUAAUGAAGUCCCUCCGGCUCCUAAAGAGUCCUCAGCCAGUGAGGGCGCUGAUCAGAAAAUGAGCUCUUUUAAGGAAGAAAAAGAUAUAAAGCCAAUCAUUAAAGAUGAAAAAGGUCGGACCAGCAGCAGCUCUGGGAGGAACCUCUGGGUCAGUGGACUGUCUUCCACAACCCGAGCAACAGACCUGAAGAACCUUUUCAGCAAGUAUGGGAAGGUUGUUGGGGCCAAAGUGGUGACCAAUGCCCGCAGUCCUGGGGCUCGGUGCUACGGUUUUGUCACCAUGUCGACAUCCGAUGAGGCUACAAAGUGUAUCAGCCAUCUCCACAGAACUGAGCUUCAUGGAAGAAUGAUCUCCGUAGAGAAGGCCAAAAACGAGCCUGCUGGGAAAAAGCUGUCUGACAGAAAAGAGUGUGAAGUGAAGAAGGAAAAAGUAUCAAGUAUUGACAGACAUCAUUCAGUGGAGAUCAAAAUUGAAAAAACCGUAAUUAAGAAGGAAGAGAAGAUCGAGAAAAAGGAGGAAAAAAAGCCUGAAGACAUUAAAAAGGAAGAAAAAGAUGAAGAUGAACUAAAACCAGGAACCACAAAUCGGUCCAGAGCCACCAAAUCAGGAAGCAGAGGAAUGGAACGGACAGUCAUAAUGGAUAAAUCGAAAGGAGAGCCUGUCAUUAGUGUGAAAACCACAAGCAGGUCAAAAGAGAGAAGCUCCAAGAGUCAGGAUCGCAAAUCAGAAAGCAAAGAGAAGAGAGACAUCUUGUCAUUUGACAAAAUCAAAGAGCAGAGGGAGCGAGAGCGCCAGCGGCAGUGGGAGCGGGAAAUCCGAGAGUCAGAGAGGCGGCGAGAGCGGGAGCAGCGGGAGCGGGAGCAGCGCCUGGAGGCCUGGAAGGAGAAGGCGCGGCUACACCGAGAACGCUUGGAUCUCGAGUGCCAGCGGCACCUCCUGGAGCGCGAGCGCAUGGAGCGCGAGCGGCUAGAGCGCGAGCGCAUGCGCGUGGAGCGUGAGCGCAGGAAGGAGCAGGAGCGCAUCCACCGCGAGAGGGAGGAGCUGCGCCGCCAGCACCAGCAGCUGCGCUAUGAGCAGGAGCGGCGGCAGGGCCUCCGGAGGCCCCACAGCGACGGCCGGCGAGAUGAUGUCUAUUGGCCAGAAGGAAAACGUGUGGCCAUGGAGGACAGGUACCGCCCGGACUUCCCUCGGUAUGACCACCGCUUCCACGACUUUGACCAUCGUGACCGGGGCCAGUACCAGGACCACGUGGUUGACAGGAGGGAAGGUUCAAGAUCAGUGAUGGGAGAGCGAGAUGGGCAGCACUACUCAGACGACCGCCAUGGCCACGGAGGACCACCAGAGCGCCACGGCCGGGACUCCCGAGAUGGCUGGGGGGGCUAUGGCUCCGACAAGAGGAUGAGCGAGAGCCGGGGACUGCCACCUCCACCCAGGGGUGGACGUGACUGGACGGAGCAUAGUCAGAGGCUAGAAGAGCACCAGGAUCGCGCCUGGCCGGGCAUGGUGGACACAGGCACGGCGGGUCGGGAACACGCGAGGUGGCAAGGUGGUGAGAGGGUCCUGUCUGGGCCCUCCGGACCAGGGCACAUGGCCAAUCGGGGUGGAAUGUCAGGGCGAGGCAGCUUUGCACAAGGUGGGCAUUCCCAGGGCCACGUGGUGCCUGGUGGAGGACUGGAAGGUGGAGGACUGGCCGGCCAGGACCGGGGCAGCAGAGUCCCACCCCCCCACCNCACCCCCACUUCACCCGCCGCUACUGAACGCCACUCCCUCCGCUUGUUCAGGAAGAGAAGAACGAUCAUCAAUGACUUAUGGCAGAUGCAAAAGCAACACCAAGAGCCGGCUUCACGCUCAGGAGAGAACACUGCAACUCCUCCUCAUGGUUUCGGGUGCCCUACACGAUCAGAGAAACUUCUCUAGUAACGAACUAUAGAAAUGAUCCCUGAAAGUAUAGUCUUCCAAGCCAACUCUUAACCAACGCGGCCACUUGGCCGGCCCCUGCAUUAGCAAUGUUUAAAGCAGGAGGCCCCGGUUCAGCCCCUUAAAUGCUGCACACUGUGGGGUUAAGUGCCGGGAGCCGCUGUUGCCACCUCGCCGCAUCUUCCUGUCCCGCAGUCUUCCCACCCUGUGCCAACCAGCGGUGAAGCAGCCGGGGCGCCCCACAUACCCAGCCACAGAAACCUCGAGUUAGGCCCCAUGGGGAGGCUCAUGAAAGGCGCUGAAGCUUCUCCUGUGUAGAUGCCGCCGGCCCGGCGGACCACAUAUUUACACACGCGGCUGAAAUGAGGCCCAGCAGGAUAGAUAGAUUUCACACAUGACCCAGAAAAGAUCUCUUCACCCCCUGUCUCUGGGAAAAUAGGGCACAGAGAGGGAAGAUGCCCACUUGACCAAGUGCCCCCCACACACACACCUAGCAAGGCAAGAUCAGAGACCUAAGCUCAAGAGCACGCCUCUGAGCCUUUUCUAGCUUAUUCAUUUAGCAAAGCCUUUCUUGGGCAUUUCCUGUGUGCAGGGACACAGCCAUGACCAUAACCAUUACCAUAACCAAGCUCUGGAGCUCAAUGGAUGGUUUCAAGGAGGGGGUAGGGUAAGGCUGGCUUCCUGGAGGAGAUAACUGGAAGGGCAUUCUGGCAGAGGGAACAGGAUAUGCAGUAGCCUCAGGAAGGAAAGGGUGUGGCACCUCAGAGGAACUGAGCAAGUGGGAACAAGGGAGAUUGGAGUCAGUGUGGCCUCGGGUCCAGGCUGUUUGGAUCAGGCCACCAGCACACAGGUGAUGAGGUGCUAUGGUGAGUUUUCCAUUGAGAAGAUCCCCACCCUCCUAUCAGGGUGCAAGUGUGACUCAUUCAUAUUCUCUCUCUCUCUCUCUCUCUCUCUCUCUCUCUCUCUCUCUCUCUCUCUCUCUCUCUCUCUUUCUCUCUCUUUCUCUCUCUUUCUCUCGUCUGUAUCUGGGGCCUUCCUUGCUUGGGAGUCCAAAUCCUCACUGUCCCCACCUCUACCCUGCAAUGCAUCUAGUACUUCCCACCUUCAGGAAGUCAACAGCAGCCAGCCCUGGGGAAGGGGUGAGCCAAGGUGGACUCGUGGGCCAGGCUCUGUUUGGACAAAGGCACAGCAUGGGGACCACAUGCUCCUCCAGGCAUGAGGCCCUUUCCCCAAAGACCAGAACUCGGGUAGGAGUGGCCCACAGGCAAAGCUGAUGAGGUUGGUCAUCACGCCCCACCCAGACUGAGUCAUAGUGACAGCCCGUGGGGUGGCAGGAAGUGCCAGGCUGAUGCCAUUGGAACAGGACACAGAGGAUGCAGCUAAUAAGAGGGGUGCACAGGGAGGGGUCUUUGGAGGUCUUUGAGGUGCCUGGCUCAGUUGUGGAAGAGACCUUGGGCUCCGGAGGUGGGGGAGAGCGAGGGAGGAAAAGGGAAAGAAAGACGGAGAGACACAGAAGAGAGCUGUAAAGAAAGAGAUGGACACGGAAAGAAAAAGAAGAGACUGAGACACAGAAAUAGACACACAGGGAACCAGAGGUUUUGAGCUGCUCGGCUGCCAUGCCCCCUGUCCCCUGUGCCCACCAGGUGGUGCCCAAGAGCUGCGCUCCUGCUGCCCAAGUCCCUUUCUCUGGACCUCCGGUUCCCCCAUUGGUCCACCACCGUCUUAGCAGGAGGCCCUGGGCCCCAGGGAGGAGGGACAGAGGUGCAAGUUAGAGCUGGGAAAGCCACCCUAACCUGGUCGCCCAGGUCAAAGCCCUGGGUUGUGUGUGCAAGUCUCAUGUGCACAUCUGCGCUUGUCUUGGGCUGUGUUUACAUUGGUCUGGGGGUAUGUGUAUCCGUUUUGAAGUGGGUGUGUCUACAUUUGUCCUGGGGUGUAUGUUCACUUGUGUCCUUGUGUGUGUCAUGCCUCCACGCCCCCAGAAACCUGCCACUACCCUUUCAUCUUCCCUGGCAGCUCUACAUUGAGUCAUCCAAGGAAUUCAAGAACCGAAACAUUCACAGAGUACUUACUGGUACCCAGAGUCAUCAUGGAACUGCUGAGGAAAUGCUCCCUUGGAGAGACAAGAACAGGUGUUCACAGAGCUGACAGAGCAAAAUUUAACCUAAACCUGAGCACCUACUGUGUGUCAGGCCCUAGCUAGGGGGCUGCUUUCAUGCUGUGGACUCAGUUUCUACAUCUGUAAAAUGGACCCGAUAUUAGCACCUACCUCAUAGCUUUGCUGUUAAAUGAUUAAAAGUGUUUUAUAAAGCUCUUCAAACACUG